CAUGCGUUCUCUAGUUUUCAUCCUCUUGGCUCUUACGUUGGCAGUGCAUGCCUCCUUACUCCCUCUUAGCCAUAGAAGGGAUGCAUCGGCAGCCGAUUAUGCAGGCUAUUUGUUCAUUCACUUUUACGAUGAUUACGUCUCGCCAGGAAAUUAUUCCACUUAUCCAGCCGGAGAACAAGUGUUCGGUCACAUCAGUAACGGAAAUGAAGCAACAAGUUAUACUCCUCUCAAAGGAGGUGCACCACUCUUGACCUCAAAUGUUGGAACGAAAGGCGUUCGUGAUUUUUAUCUUGUAAGCAAAGAUGAUCAAUCUCAACAUUACAUCAUUGCAACAGACUUGAACCAAACUGCCAUUGGUGGUUUCAGUGACCCAUUCUUAAGCCGAAGUUUGGUCAUUUGGGAUUCGGAAGGAUCAAGUUUGACAAAAUGGCAAGAACCUAGGCUGGUAGAGGUUGUACCGGAAAAUUUCCGAAUGGCAUGGGCACCUGAAUCACUCUAUAUUGCCGAUGAAGAUCGUUUUAUGGUUUAUUGGUCUUCAAACGUUUAUUCUGAUUCUUCACAUUCGGGUAAUCCGGAUAAUGAUAAAAUUUAUUAUUCUUACACUUCCGAUUUCAGAACUUUCACUGAUCCUCAACAAUACAUUGCUUUGCCGAACCAUGUUGGUAUCAUUGAUUUGACUAUGCAUCCAACCGGCGUUGAGAAUGAAUACGUUCGUUUCUUCAAAGAUGAAUCAGUGGGUAAAUGUCGCGGUCAAGUAAGCACGAAUGGAAUCUUUGGUGAUUGGAGCGAUAUUGGCUCGUCUACCGAAUAUGUUGACAACAAUAGCUCAUCAGAGGCCUGCCUCUUCUUCAAAGAUAACACCAACGACACAUGGUGGGUCUGGCUUGACCAAUACGGCCGUAAUCCCGUAGGUUAUUACCCUUACACUGCCGAUAACGGAAUCACGCAAUAUGGAUAUACCGAUCGAGGUGUUGGAAAUGGAAUGCCAUCGAUGACAAAGCAUGGUGCAGUGAAACCAUUGACACAAGCUCAAUACGAUGAAGUGAAGCAAAAUUGG